CAGUGCCCAUAUGGACUCCAUUCAAGUGAAAGAACCAUGGGGUUUGAUAAUGUGGUUCAUCGUCUCUACUUGAUAUUCCUUGCAUGGAUUUUGUUUACUCUCCAUUUCAGAUCAGCGUCAGGAGAGAGGUCCACGUAUAUCAUCCACAUGGACAAGUCUCUCAUGCCUAAGGCUUUUGCUACCCAUCGCCACUGGUACGCCUCAACCGUCGAUUCCCUCAUGACGGCUGCUUCCACAACAUCCAACGCCGUUCAAUCCACGCCCAAGCUUAUCUACACUUAUGAUCAUGUACUUCAUGGUUUUAGCGCAGUUCUAUCCAAAGGUGAACUGGAGAAGUUACGUAAGUCAACCGCAGGGUUUGUCGCAGCGUACAGUGACAGGACUGUCACACUUGACACCACCCACACUCUUGAGUUUCUCAAACUCAACCAAAUCUCGGGUCUAUGGCCGGCGUCGGAUUUCGGAAAAGACGUCAUUGUUGGCGUUGUCGACACCGGAGUCUGGCCCGAGAGCGCUAGCUUCAAAGAUGAUGGUAUGACCCAAAUUCCAGCAAGGUGGAAGGGGACGUGUGAAGAAGGACAAGAGUUCAACUCUUCCAUGUGUAACCGAAAGCUGAUUGGAGCUAGAUACUUCAAUAAGGGUGUGAUAGCUGCAAAUCCCAGUGUUAACCUAACGAUGAACUCAGCUAGGGACACACAAGGUCAUGGGACUCAUACUUCGUCCACAGCUGCUGGGAAUUACGUGGAAGGCGCGUCCUACUUUGGGUAUGCCAAGGGAACUGCAAGAGGAGUUGCGCCCGGAGCCAGGGUGGCCAUGUAUAAGGUCCUUUGGGAUGAAGGCCGAUACGCUUCUGAUGUUCUUGCUGGUAUGGAUCAAGCUGUCGCGGAUGGUGUUGAUGUGAUUUCCAUUUCCAUGGGAUUUGAUCUAGUGCCAUUGUAUAAGGAUCCUAUAGCUAUAGCUUCAUUUGCUGCCAUGGAGAAGGGUGUGCUAGUUUCAUCUUCAGCUGGGAAUGAAGGCCCAUCUCUUGGGACGUUACACAAUGGAAUCCCAUGGGUGUUGACCGUCGCAGCGGGUACCAUUGAUCGUUCAUUCGCCGGCACUUUGACUCUUGGUAAUGGGUUAACCAUCACAGGAUGGACCAUGUUUCCUGCAAGUGCUUUGGUCCAAGAUCUACCUCUUGUUUAUAACAAGACUUUGUCUGCCUGCAAUUCAUCAGCACUGUUGUCUGGAGCGCCUUAUGGCGUCGUUAUAUGCGACAAAGUAGGAUUUAUUUAUGAACAAUUCCAUCACAUUGCUGCGUCAAAGGUUGGAGCGGCUAUAAUUAUUUCCGACGACCUCGAAUUAUUCGAGUUAGUUGGUGUACCUUGGCCAGUUGUGGUGAUCAGCCCCACGUAUGCAAAAGCUGUGAUUGAUUAUGCCAAAACUGCUCAUAAACCUACAGCCACCAUGAAGUUCCAACAGACCCUCCUGGAUACAAAGCCUGCGCCAGCUGUUGCUUCUUACACAUCGAGAGGUCCUUCCCGCAGCUAUUCUGGUAUCUUGAAGCCAGACGUGAUGGCACCAGGGUCAUUGGUUUUGGCUGCUUGGAUUCCAAAUUCUGAGGCUGCAAUAAUUGGAAGUUUGUCGUUGUCCAGUGAUUACAAUAUGAUUUCCGGGACAUCCAUGGCCUGUCCACAUGCUUCUGGCGUGGCUGCACUGCUGAGAGGAGCACACCCGGAAUGGAGCGUGGCUGCUAUUCGGUCCGCCAUGGUGACCACAGCAAACCCAUACGAUAAUACUUUUAAUAACAUACGGGAUAACGGAUUAAGUUUCGAAAUUGCUUCUCCUCUCGCCAUGGGAGCCGGCCAAAUUGAUCCGAACAGAGCACUUGACCCAGGUCUAAUAUACGAUGCAACUCCACAAGACUACGUCAAUCUCCUCUGCUCCAUGAAUUUCACCACCAAGCAAAUCUUAACCAUCACCAGAUCAAACACUUACACUUGCUCCAACCCAUCUCCAGACCUGAAUUACCCAUCCUUUAUCGCUCUAUACAACAACAAAUCAACGGCAUUCGUCCAGAAAUUCCAGAGAACUGUGACGAAUGUGGGAGAUGGAUCAUCAAGUUAUAAGGCUAUUGUGACAGCACCGAAGGGCUCCAAAGUCAUGGUCUCACCAGCGACAUUGGCCUUCGAGAACAAGUAUGAAAAACUGAGCUACACUCUGACUAUGGAGUAUAAGAGUGAGAAGGAUGGCAAGGUGUCGUUUGGCUCGCUUACAUGGAUUGAAGAUGAUGGAAAACAUACUGUGAGGAGCCCCAUAGUGGUCAUGGGGUUUGAUAAUGUGGUUCAUCGUCUCUACUUGAUAUUCAUUGCAUGGAUUUUGUUUACUCUCCAUUUCAGAUCAGCGUCAGGAGAGAGGUCCACGUAUAUCAUCCACAUGGACAAGUCUCUCAUGCCUAGGGCUUUUGCUACCCAUCACCACUGGUACGCCUCCACCGUCGAUUCCCUCAUGACGGCUGCUUCCACAACAUCCAACGCCGUUCAAUCCACGCCCAAGCUUAUCUACACUUAUGACCAUGUACUUCAUGGUUUUUGCGCAGUUCUAUCCAAAGAUGAACUGGAGAAGUUACGUAAGUCAACCGCAGGGUUUGUCUCAGCGUACAGUGACAGCACUGUCACACUUGACACCACCCACACCCUUGAGUUUCUCAAACUCAACCAAAUCUCGGGUCUAUGGCCGGCGUCGGAUUUCGGAAAAGACGUCAUUGUUGGCGUUGUCGACACCGGAGUCUGGCCCGAGAGCGCUAGCUUCAAAGAUGAUGGUAUGACCCAAAUUCCAGCAAGGUGGAAGGGGACGUGUGAAGAAGGACAAGAGUUCAACUCUUCCAUGUGUAACCGAAAGCUGAUUGGAGCUAGAUACUUCAAUAAGGGUGUGAUAGCUGCAAAUCCCAGUGUUAACCUAACGAUGAACUCAGCUAGGGACACACAAGGUCAUGGGACUCAUACUUCGUCCACAGCUGCUGGGAAUUACGUGGAAGGCGCGUCCUACUUUGGGUAUGCCAAGGGAACUGCAAGAGGAGUUGCGCCCGGAGCCAGGGUGGCCAUGUAUAAGGUCCUUUGGGAUGAAGGCCGAUACGCUUCUGAUGUUCUUGCUGGUAUGGAUCAAGCUGUCGCGGAUGGUGUUGAUGUGAUUUCCAUUUCCAUGGGAUUUGAUCUAGUGCCAUUGUAUAAGGAUCCUAUAGCUAUAGCUUCAUUUGCUGCCAUGGAGAAGGGUGUGCUAGUUUCAUCUUCAGCUGGGAAUGAAGGCCCAUCUCUUGGGACGUUACACAAUGGAAUCCCAUGGGUGUUGACCGUCGCAGCGGGUACCAUUGAUCGUUCAUUCGCCGGCACUUUGACUCUUGGUAAUGGGUUAACCAUCACAGGAUGGACCAUGUUUCCUGCAAGUGCUUUGGUCCAAGAUCUACCUCUUGUUUAUAACAAGACUUUGUCUGCUUGCAAUUCAUCAGCACUGUUGUCUGGAGCACCUUAUGGCGUCGUUAUAUGCGACAAGGUAGGAUUUAUUUAUGAACAAUUCCAUCACAUUGCUGCGUCAAAGGUUGGAGCGGCUAUAAUUAUUUCCGACGACCCCGAAUUAUUCGAGUUAGGUGGUGUACCUUGGCCUGUUGUGGUGAUCAGCCCCAAGUAUGCAAAGGCUGUGAUUGAUUAUGCCAAAACUGCUCAUAAACCUACAGCCACCAUGAAGUUCCAACAGACCCUCCUGGAUACAAAGCCUGCGCCAGCUGUUGCUUUUUACACAUCAAGAGGUCCUUCCCGCAGCUAUCCCCGCAUCUUGAAGCCGGACGUGAUGGCACCAGGGUCAUUGGUUUUAGCUGCUUGGAUUCCAAAUUCUGAGGCUGCAAUAAUUGGAAAUUUGUCUUUGUCCAGUGAUUACAUCAUGAUUUCCGGAACAUCCAUGGCCUGUCCACAUGCUUCUGGCGUGGCUGCACUCCUGAAAGGAGCACACCCGGAAUGGAGCGUGGCUGCUAUUCGGUCCGCCAUGGUGACCACAGCAAACUCAUACGAUAAUACUUUUAAUAACAUACGGGAUAACGGAUUAAGUUUCGAAAUUGCUUCUCCUCUCGCCAUGGGAGCCGGCCAAAUUGAUCCGAACAGAGCACUUGACCCAGGUCUAAUAUACGAUGCAACUCCACAAGACUACGUCAAUCUCCUCUGCUCCAUGAAUUUCACCACCAAGCAAAUCUUAACCAUCACCAGAUCAAACACUUACACUUGCUCCAACUCAUCUCCAGACCUGAAUUACCCAUCCUUUAUCGCUCUAUACAGCAACAAAUCAACGACAUUCGUCCAGAAAUUCCAGAGAACUGUGACGAAUGUGGGAGAUGGAACAGCAAGUUAUAAGGCUAUGGUGACAGCACCGAAGGGCUCAAAAGUCAUGGUCUCACCGGCAACGCUGGCCUUCCAGAACAAGUAUGAAAAGCUGGACUACACUCUGACUAUAAAGUAUAAGAGUCACAAGGAUGGCAAGGUCUCGUUUGGCUCGCUUACAUGGGUUGAAGAUGAUGGAAAACAUACUGUGAGGAGUCCUAUAGUGGUAUCGCAAGUGGUGACACCAUGGUAAAAGCUUUCGAUUACAGACUAGCUAGUUUGGGAUUAUGUCAUGUUGAUGUUUCAUGUGAACUUCGUUAAUCUGAAUAAAAUAUGGGACCCGCGUAACAAAGAAUAUCUGCAAAAGUAUUGAGUUCCAAAUAUUUAAUUAUAAA